GAAGACGAGGGUGGCGAUCUGCUCAAGUCGAGCUUCAGUUUUCCAGGGACGCCAGAGGAGGAGAUAGACCAGCAGUACUCAUGGUCGCCUUCUCACCACUUCAAUGAAGAAAGAUACUCUCCUGCUUCGAGGAAUAUGAAAGGAUUAUCUGGCAGUCGCAACCAACCACAGUUAUGUUCAGCUCAUACUUGUGGCUUAGCAUCCCCUGAAGAUUGUGAACAUACCCACGACCAUAUCCACCAUGGGCAGGAACCAAGGCAAUCGUAUCUUCUCAGCCCCACGGAGAGUUGCCCGAUGGACCACCAUCGUUGCUCACCGCGCAGCUCCAUUCAUUCUGAAUGCAUGAUGAUGCCCAUGGUAAUGGGCGAUCACAUGUCAAGUAGCACUUUCCCCAGAAUGCACUACAGCUCACAUUACGACACAAGAGACGACUGCGCCAUGUCUCACGGUAACCCUAAGAUUAACCGCAUUCCUGCAAACCUUUUGGACCAGUUUGAAAAACAACUUCCUCUUCACCGGGAUGGGUUUCACACUUUACAGUACCAGAGGACCUCAACAGCUGCAGAACAACGCAGUGAGAGCCCAGGAAGAAUACGCCAUCUCGUUCAUUCAGUCCAGAAACUUUUUACUAAAUCUCAUUCUCUGGAAGGAUCAUCCAAGGGCAAUGUUAAUGGAACAAAGGGAGACAGUCGAGGGGAUGACCAUCAUCAUGGGCACCAUUCCAAGCAUAGCAAAAGGAGUAAAAGUAAGGAGCGAAAACCAGAAACCAAGCAUAAAUCUGGAAUGAGCAGUUGGUGGAGCUCUGAUGACAAUUUGGACAGUGAUAGCACUUAUCGAACCCCUAGUGUGGUAAAUAGGCACCAUGCAGAUCAUAUAUCCCACUGCUACCCUGAGGCGCUCCAGGGACAUUUUGGGGAUCUGUCAUUGAAGACUUCCAAAAGUAACAAUGACGUGAAGUGUUCAGCUUGUGAAGGGCUAGCAAUGACCCCUGAUAGUAAAUAUAUGAAAAGGAGUUCUUGGUCCACACUUACAGUAAGUCAGGCUAAAGAAGCUUAUCGCAAAUCAUCACUGAACUUAGAUAAGCCUCUGGUUCAUCAGGAAAUCAAACCUUCCUUGAGGCCAUGCCAUUACCUUCAGGUACCUCAGGAUGAAUGGGGAGGAUACCCUGCCGGUGGGAAAGACGAAGAGAUUCCCUGCAGAAGAAUGAGAAGCGGGAGCUAUAUUAAGGCUAUGGGAGAUGAAGAAAGUGGAGACUCUGAUACUAGCCCCAAGACAUCACCAAAAUUAGCAGUUCGACCCGAGUCAUUAUUAAAAUCCAUUGGACAGAGACCACUGGGAGACCAUCAAAAUCAGAGCUACCUUCAAACUGCAAGUGACGUGCCUGGGGGUCACAACCUGGAUCCCUCUGCAAACUACAAUUCCCCAAAGUUUCGCUCAAGGAAUCAGAGCUAUAUGAGAGCAGUGAGCACGCUCAGUCAGGCCAGCUGUGUUAGUCAGAUGAGUGAAGCAGAGGUUAAUGGGCAAUUUGAAUCGGUGUGUGAAUCAGUGUUUAGUGAAGUUGAAGCUCAGGCAAUGGAUGCCCUUGACCUCCCUGGAUGUUUCCGAACAAGAAGCCACAGUUACUUGCGUGCCAUUCAGGCAGGCUAUUCCCAAGAUGAUGAAUGUAUACCUGCGAUGGCAUCUUCCAACAUCACCUCAACUAUCAGGUCAACCACAGCUGUAACUUACACAAGUUACAAAAAAACCCCGCCGCCGGUACCCCCGCGUACCACAUCCAAGCCACUGAUCUCAGUGACGGCCCAGAGCAGCACAGAGUCCACCCAGGAUGCAUACCAUGACAGCCGGGCCCAGCGGAUGUCCCCGUGGCCCCAGGACGGGCGAGGAAUGUACAACUCCACAGACAGCUUGGACAGCAACAAGGCCAUGAACCUCGCCUUGGAGACUGCAGCUGCCCAGCGCCACGUGUCGGAGAGUGCCUCCAUCCGAACCAGCGACAAGGCCAUCCUGGUGACUAAAGCAGAGGAGUUCCUUAAGAGCCGGCGUUCCUCCAUAGGGAUCCAGGUGGAAACAGCAACCGAUUCAGAUACUGAGAGCAGAGGCCUGAGGGAAUACCACUCUGUUGGAAUACAAGUGGAAGAUGAAAAACGACAUGGACGAUUUAAGCGCUCAAACAGUGUGACAGCAGCUGUCCAGGCUGACCUGGAGCUGGAGGGCUUUCCAGGACACAUCACCAUGGAGGACAAGGGACUUCAGUUUGGAUCAUCCUUCCAGCAGCACUCGGAGCCCAGCACCCCCACCCAAUACAGCGCAGUGAGAACUGUACGGACGCAGGGACUGUUCAGUUACAGAGAAGAUUACAGGACCCCAGUUGACACCUCAAACCUUCCACCUCCAGAGCCCUGGCUGGAGCCAGCCAUUGAGACAGUAGAGACUGGUCGGAUGUCUCCUUGUCGACGGGACGGUUCUUGGUUUAUGAAGUUGCUACAUACUGAAACUAAGAGAAUGGAGGGAUGGUGUAAGGAAAUGGAAAGAGAGGCAGAAGAAAACGAUCUUUCUGAGGAAAUCCUAGGCAAGAUCCGAAGUGCUGUUGGAAGUGCUCAGCUCCUCAUGUCUCAGAAAUUCCAGCAAUUUUAUUGGCUCUGUCAGCAAAAUCUGGACCCGAGUGCCAUGCCAAGACCAACUUCCCAGGACCUGGCAGGUUUCUGGGACUUAUUGCAGCUCUCAAUUGAAGAUGUCAGCAUGAAGUUUGAUGAACUGCACCAGUUGAAACUCAAUGAAUGGAAAAUAAUAGAAUCACCUGAAAGGAAGGAAGAAAGAAAAGUUCCUCCUCCUGUACCAAAGAAGCCCCCAAAAGGAAAAUUCCCCAUCACAAGAGAAAAAUCUCUGGACCUACCCGACAGGCAGCGACAAGAAGCCAGAAGGCGGCUCAUGGCUGCUAAGAGAGCGGCCUCUUUCCGGCAGAAUUCAGCCACAGAGCGUGCAGACAGCAUCGAGAUAUACAUCCCAGAGGCUCAAACCCGGCUUUAAAGACAGAAUGCUGCAGAGUUCCUUUUUUAGACAAAAUGCUUGUACAGUUUGUCACUUACCUGGUAAUUUUUGUCUCAUUCUCUCCAUAAAUAUGCCCUUGCUGUUGUGUUCUUUGUGCCAUAAGCACAGUGGAAUGCUUUUGAUUUCCUCAGAAUUUGCUGAGCUCACCGCAAGAACGACUUCUUUUGUAUUUAUUGUCUGACUUACAAUCAGCUACAAUGGAUAGGGCUUGUUGAGACCUGACUUAUCCAGUAUAUUCUCAGAGGACAACAAGAAACACCUCUUGAGAUGGAACCCAGCUUACUUUUUUGUUAUUUAUAUUUUUAUAAAAUGUGUGAUAAUUAGGGAUAAGAAUAACAAACUAUCAAUGGGUGCAUCUCACCAUUCACUAGAGGCAUUAGCUUAUCCAAGUAGAAGGUGCUACAAAUGUAAAGAGCAGGAAAGAAAGAACCCAUUUAUCUCUCUGACCUCCAGUUUAUUUUCCCAGAACCCAGCUAAAAUAUUUACCCAUGUGCUCUGCCACUCUUCUCAUCUUUGUUACCGCAAAAUAAUAUUAGGCCUCUCAUGUCACGUCAAGUUUCUGGAGAUGAACAGGGAUAUCCAGCCAUUAAAACUCCAAAGUUCAUCAGAAACAAGAAGCAUACAAGUCUGGUGGUGUUGGGAAUGCCCACUGAGAAACAUUUGCUGUUAGCAGUAUAACGACACUCUGAAACCUAAGCAAAAUUAUAAUGCAAGAGGACUUGAGUGAUGGGUGAAAGGAAAAUGGAAGCCUUAAAAAGUUAGAUCUUCUGUAGCAAGAUGUGUAAAGAAAAAGUUAUACUUACUCCUUUGGAACACUCAUCGCAUUUUUAACAGUUCUUUUAUGUGUUAACAUUUAUUUUAUAAUCCUCUCUUUUAUUUCAAGAGCUGUGCUACAUGUAAUACUUCAAACUCUCAAAAUGUUCUAUCAAUUGAGUUUCCAGGGUAUCCUUGAGAAGAAAAGAAAAAAAAUCUUGCUUGUUUAAAUUGCCAGUUGUGAUGUUGUAAACAAUUUAAGAAAUAUGAAUGUGAGUGGUGAGUAAAUUCUAAGUUUAAAUGGUUAUGUUAAGGUAAAGGUGAACUGUGGUUUACAGUUGUAUUUUUUUUAGAACUAUUUUUCUAUGCAGUAUCAGUUACAGCAAGAAAAAGCUUCUUGCUUGCUUCACAUGUAACAAACAUGACUCAAGAGAUAAUUGAUUUCCAGCCAUGGAAUAUAAGGAAAAUAAUAUAUUUUCAAGCCUCGUUAUUACUAGAGAAGUGGUGACUACCACAAUCAAGAGGCUUUAAUUUAAAAUAAACUAAGAUAGAAAUAUUCCACUUCACCUACCUUCCAGAGCCACCGAGCAACCCAGCACUUAGAAGUCUUCAGGUGAAGACGCAAUAAGAUAAGUUACCCGUAGACUCCGACUCCAAGGUUUGAAAACUACUCUAUACUACUUUAGGUCAAUACAGUGUUAACACAUUGAGACAGACAGCCUCAUCUACCACAUUUCCUGUUUACCUGCUUUAACAAAUGCAAUGUAUUUAAUGUAUUUAGCCAUAGGCAGAACAGCUAUUAAAUUAUACUCUAGCACUUUGGUUCUUCACCUGAUGAGCACUUUAAAUCUGUGUCCCACACACCCUGCAUCCUGACAGAUGACUGAAAACAUGAAUUAUCAUAGGUUAUGCAGAUCUGACAUUGCUUCUAAUCUGUUUUGGUUUGGUUCUAUUUAUUUAUUUUUUCCUUUUCCUUCAUUUUUUUCCUACGGUGUGUAGUAUGAAGCAUGAGUUCUCUCUUUGGAGCGCACCUGAUAAAGCAUGUUUAGCUUCAAGAUGGGCAUCUUUAGAGAUGAGGUUUUGAGAUGUUUCUGUGAGGAGAAAGCCCUGUAAGUUGAGCCUGAUAUCUGGUAUAUACUUUACCAAAUAGCCUUAAACUAUGUUUGGAAGCAAAAACCAAGACGAAUGUAUAUCCCUCAAAAAUGGAAAAAAAAGAAAAAAAAAAUCCCUGAAAUAUUCUUCUAUAGAUAAAAAACACUAUCUUUACCAUCCCUCGUGUUUUCAAGGUAUUUUCUAUUUAAGGAAAGAGCUGAAUCUUGGGUAGGGUACAAUAUCGAUGCUAAUUCCUGUAUUUGUUUUACUAUUUUAAAUACAAAUGUACUUGCAGACAUUGGCAUCUUUAGUGUUGAAAAGUGAUAUAUUAUUUAAUGUGGAGCUGCUAAUUAGAAAUACCCACAUAAAACUAGAACCUUUCCUAGAUUGAGGAAAUUUAAAAUAGGCACACACACACCUAUAUAUAUAUAUACAUAUAUAUAUACAUAUAUAGCUGCUGUAUACAUAUAUGGCAGCUGAUACGUUUUCUCUGAUUUCCCUUAUACUUCACUCGUGACUUACUUACUUGAAAACUCCCACCUGCAGGGACAGAUCAUGCUAUUAAGACAAGUUAAAUCUGAUCCUGCUGGCAAUUAGACUUUAUGGAGACAAAUUGUGGAGGAAAAAAAAAAAAGAUUACAGAUAUAUUUAGAUCCCAGUUGACUUAAUAAUGCUGAUUUGGAGCAGUCCAUAUAAGUUUUUAAUUGAGAAUCAUAUUUUGAUAUUUUUUUAUAUAUUACCAUGAUAUUGGAGGUUCUCAGGCAAAAAUAGGCCUGCAUAAAUGAUGCCCACCCUGUAUUUUACCAUAUUUCCCAUGCCAUUAUGAGAAAAUGUUCAAUAUAAGUUUUGGGUACAUGUGAAUUCUUUUUGUUCCACCUUUGUUCUGAAAAAGAAGAAAGAAAAAAGAAAGAAUCAGAAUUCAAUUAGAUGCUUACUGAAAGAUUUGAUAUUUCCAAGUGCAAUAUAUUAAAUUCUUGUACAGGUAGCAUUCUAUCAUUACAGGCAGAUAAGACAUUUCUGUCUACAUAUUGUACAUCUGGUUAAUUUAGAAAAAUAACAUUAUGCUUAUCAUACUUGUGUUGCAGAUAAAUCAAAUUGCUCCAGUCCCCUACAUGAGAAACACAGCACAUGGUAUCUUAACAUAGAAACAGUUCUAUUGUAAUCUGACUCCCCGGAAUCAAAAUAAAAUUUAGUUACAAAACCAGCGUAGGAGGAACAUAACUAAACACAAAGAGAGAAAGUAGAAUACUUUCUGCUAAUGGAUGUCAUGGAGUACAUCCACACAGAACAGCUGGAAAUAGCAAAACAGCAUUUAAUUGAACACUAAUUGGACUAAUACUUAUUUUCACUGAUUAAAAUUACAGCAAAGUCUCCGUUCAUUUCUUCAUUGCCUGUAAAACACAAGUAUAAUAAACAGAAUUGUGAAGAUUUAAAUAAAGAAAAACCUGACUGGUAAAAUGGUUGAUAUCUGCCAUACUUAUUUUUGCUUUGUAUGUUUUUUUCAGAUUUGAAAUUCUUUGUAAAUUGGUGAAGUAUAUUAUGGAGUGUUUUAUUAUUUCUUGUCGACCUGAUCGGAAUGGCCUUUGGCAGCGUGCAAAGACUAAUCAUGUUGUAUAGUUUAAAACCAAAAAAUUACAUUUUAAUUCAUGCUUCAACCUUGUCACUAUGUUAGACUUGAGAUUAACCAGGAAGGAAUUAAAGCGUGCAUAGGAAGUUGUGUGGAUUUCCUGUCUAUACAGUACAUUUCAUAUAAUAGAAAUUAUUUGUUUUAAAAUAAGCCCAUGUUUCCUGCUGUAUCAGUAAAUUAAUAAUCUAGUUUCUACUCCUUUGGCACUGCGUCUAGAAUAAAGUGGGGGAAUUUGGGGUCAUUUGGUGGUUUUGCAAGGAGAAUACUUUCUCCCUAAGUGUUCACGUGCCAUAAGUGACCUGUGGUCUCCCCAGGGCCUGCUGCGAUCCAUGGGGUGCAUCCCCCCAGAUCCGCUCAUCUCAGCCAUUGCGUCCAACCCCUGGAGCUUGCCUGGGCCGGUCAGCGGGUUUGGUGUUCUCACUGGCAUUACAACACCAGUGCCAGGGACGCAUCAGAUUCUGACCCAUCACAGGAUGGUUCAUGCGUGGUCAUGUAAGGUCUGAGUUUGGACUGGUAGCUCCAGGUGCCCAGGAGUGUGUGCUGAAAAGCUGUGACAUCCCGUGGAGCAGGAGCCUUUGUAUGAGGCAGAGUUGGAAUGAAGUGUGAAGUAGUGUUACUCCCACUGCUGUUCGCAGAGCGAUUACCUUGUGGUAAUAGUGCUGGUGAGCUACAUUCAAGGUGAGGAGUAUCAGUAAACCCCAGUGUCCAGAGAGGUGCUUCCUGGUGGCCCGGCAGGUUGAUGAUGCUUACAUUUACACAGUGCCUUUCAUCCAGAAGGAUCUCCAAGCACUUUAUUAGAGGACAUGCAAACUUCAGGCUGGGUUCCAGCAGGCAGCUCCCUUGCCCACAGCUGGAUGCUGGCCUGGGGAGCUGCGGGGAUGAGGGCCCUCCUGCCUGUCCCCAUGCUGCUGGGGAGUUUCCUUCCACACCACCCUCCUGGCGCCCAGAGGAGACUCUCCUGGUCCACACGUAUGCCAAAUGGGUAGUGGAGACUCAAUGAGCCAGGAGGAAAACCUGAGCAAAGAAGAGGAGAGGAGAGAGCAAUGCUGAUCAUGUAGGCAGGGACAGAAGAACAUCAAAUUAUGUUUCCAGAACAACCUUUGCCUUUUCUAUUUGUGAUGGCAUGAGGUUGCGGCAAUGAAGGUGCUCCACUGGGAGGGUCCCAGCUACUGGCAGGUGCAGGAGCUGAACUAUGAGAUCUUAGCAUGUUUCUCCUUCACAAGUGCAUCCCUCCGCAGCUUUUUUUGGCCAGAGAGAUGGGCCUAGGGCAUGUGAUGCAACAGCAGCCUUCACGUAUUUCACAACUUCUAAGUGCCCAAUUCUCUCCUCCCCUUUUUCCCUCUAGCCAAGCUAGCAUAAGGGAUAACACGGAACACAGGAAGGACUUAGGCAUAAGAAUUAUCGCUCUGAAGCAAUGCUCAGCUCUAACGCUUAGGGUUCUUUGUGCAACAGAGCAAUGGUAACACCUCUUAGCACUGUCAGGAGAGGCAGAUUAGAGGCAGCUCUUUCACACUGCAGAGAACAGAAUAUAUACAUAUAUAUAUGUAUAUAAUAAUUUUUCAGUGUUCCAGUUCCCAGAUAGUUGGACCCAGGAACCACGGUCAGUAACCACAUUCUUGCAGACCGUGUCUCCUCCUUGCAGCUUGGCUGUGGCACUGCCAGUGUGCCAUGUCCAAUGGCCCACCUGCACCAUGUUCACCUUCAGGAAACAACUUUCAGGAACAGCUGUUCUAUGGCAUACUCAUAUGCAUAUACCGGCUCCUGGCAAGAAUUCAGCCCUCUGCAUACACAGAAAUUGCUUAAUUUUUCUUUGUAAUGCAGUUACCUCUGUGGUGUAAUGCUGCAGCUGUUUAACUACAUAAUAGGCUGCUCAGGACAGCAACUAUAAAACUGAAAUUGAAAUGGAAACUUGCCCAAAAGAGAAUUUGGACAGAAUAUUAAAGUUGAUUCGAGUCCCCUUAACAAUAUAAAAUUCUAAUAGCUGCAAGAGGCCAUGGCAUUCAUUAUAUCUAAAACGAUAUUCCAGAUCCCUUCUUAUUAAGUGUAUAUUGCAUUUCAUAAAUUAUGAUCACAGGAAAAGACUGCUUGUUCAUGGCCCCACCUUUCCACACGUGGAUGUUCCUACCAUUACCAUUCAUUGCUGAAACAGAAUGGGGCUUCUGAAAUCAGAUCAUAGAUAACAUUAAUUGGUGCGUCUACAGAGUUUGCACCUGAACUGAGCAAAGCCAGAACAGUUUUCAUCAGCUGGCAAUUUAAUUCUCUAUUCUAUUAAGGCCAAACUGUUUUUCUUCUAAAUUGGUGUUGUUGGAAAGGAUUUUUUAUUUCUCUAAUACAAAAUACAAAUAUAAUACAAAUACUAAUAUGAAAACAUGAAUAUUUUCACUAACAUUAAAUGAGGGGGAGGUUUAUUUAAAGGUAUGGUCAUGAUUCACCAGCACAGCCUGCUAGUGAGGAUUUUACUUCUCCUUUCAUUUCUUCUCUCAUUCAGCCCAGUGUUCCCCAUUAUUAAAGCUAAACUAUUAAAGUUGUUUAUUUGUGAGACGAAUUAUUGCAGAGCUUUGCCCUACAUUCUGAUCUCAGUUGCAUUAGAACAUAUAAAAAUCUAAUGCAAUGAAACUGGAGGGAAAUGUCAGAUUGGUCCACUAUAAUUCAGGCCAACAUGUGACCUGGCAAGCCCUGCUGAGGUGGGAAGGACUGAUUAUGAGAGUUGGCUACUGCAUAAUGGUUCUGUAAGAUCUUGUUUUUCCCUUCACAUUGGUCACAGUAAAGCAGAGGGCUGGCUAGUAGGUUCAGGUCUCUGACUGUAGGCUUCACAAAGAAAUAUUAGCAGUAUUUAUAAUUACCAAUGGAAUCCACAUGCUGAUAUCCAUGCUUUGAUUUAACCUUUGGAUGUUUAAGAGUAUGGCCACCUCAUUUUAAAAGGGCUCCACAAGUAUGUAUUAUUUAGCCCACCCUAGAUGUUAAUUUCCUGAAUUAACAAAAUUUCCCCUUCAAGGAGCCUGGCUUAUACUGCUCUAGAACUGUUCUUUCCUGAAGAAAAGCCACUACGAGCGUGCAGGAUUUUCUGCACAGAGACAAAUCUCAUUAUUUCAUUUACCAUUCGACAUGCCAAAAUAAACAAAUGCGUGGCCUAAGGACUAAAUUAAAUGCCUCCUAUAGAAUUUCAAGGAAUGUUAGAACCAGGAAACUAGCUGUUUAGUUAUCAUUAAAAGUAUAUAUAAAUAUAUAUAAAUAAAUAUAUACAUAAGAAAUCAUAUCAACAACGAGGAUGAACUGAGUGCCAAAUAUUCACCAUCUGUAUAAAGCUACACUUCACUAGAAUUAAACUAUUUUAUGUAAUUCUCUUUCUCAUGCUUUUAUGGUUCUUUUGAUAAAUUCUAUUUAGUAGCAUGCAAGAUACCUAAAUUGAAUGUACAGUAUGUUGUUUCAUUGCUACAAUAAUUUCUCGCUUCUCAGUAAUAUCUUCUUUAUCAGAAUGUUAUUUGUUAUUUUGAAGACAUAUCUGAGAAUUGUUUUAUUACUGAGUUAUUCUUUUUUCAUGGUUCUUUACUCACCUCCAGCUGAUUGUAAGAAAAUGUGCUUCACUGUUUUGCCCCAUGGCUCUUUUAUGAAGCUGCCUCUUUCAAUUGGUUUAUGUAUUCUUUAUGUUCAU